AUGGGCUUUGAGUCCACUGGAGCUGGAGUUACAUGCAGCCUGGCAGACCAACAGAAUAUCAGCAAGGUGCAGGAGGAUGUGACCUGCCCCAUCUCCAUGGACUUUCUUCAGAAUCCUGUCACCAUUGACUGUGGGCACAAUUUCUGCCUGAAAUUCAUCAGUCAGGUUGCAGAAGCUUCAGCCAGCUUUCUUGAAUGCCCACUCUGCCAUGCUUUAGUCAGAAGGAACACACUCAGGCCCAGCUGCCUGUUAGCCACUCUGGAGCUGAAAAUCCAAGCUAUGGAAGCAGAAGAGAAAGAGCUGAGGUGUCUGAGGCAUGGGGAAAGGCUACAUUACUUCUGUGAGCAUGAUGGGGGAUUCCUUUGUGUGGUGUGUCGUGACUCUAAGGACCAUAAAUCCCACAAUGCCAUCUUGAUAGAAGAGGCGGCCCAGAGCUACCAGGUAGCACAGAUUCAGUCCCACGUUGAAGUCUUGGAACAGAAAGAGAAGGAGACAGUGCAAGUGACAGCGUAAGGCAAACAAAUGAUCUGGAUCUUUAGGAUCCGGGUGCAUUUAGAGAAACUAAAGAUCCUUGAGGAAUUCAAGAGCCUGAGACAGAGCCUAGAGGAGGAAGAGAGAUUCCUACUGUCAAGGCUGGGCUCGCUGGAGCAAGAAGGAGCCAAGCAGAUGGAACAGUAUGUCACCAUCACAGAGGGGCAGCUGACCUCCCUCAGGAAGCUCAGUGAGUCCCUAAAGGCUAAGUUGCAAGCCAUGCAGCCCAGAAAGCUGCUGGAGGACAUCAAAGACACUUUGCGCAGGAGUGAGGAAUUUCAAUUUAUCAACCCAACCCCAGUUCCUCUGGACUUGGCAAAAAUUAUCAAUGAAGCAAAAUCAAGACAUGUGUCCAUCACAGAAAGCCUGAAAAAAUUCAAAGACGACCUGCAGGCUGGAGGGAAGGCAGAUAGAAGCACGUUUCUGGACAGGCUGAAUGAAGAGGAACUCCAGAGCUGUGCACCCACUCCUUUGGCAUUGCUCCAGGACCGAAGCAAGGCUUCUCAUGGGGAGGGUCCAGAGGUUAGAGAUUACCAUGAGGCCGCCCCCCACACUGAUGAUCAGUUUGUGGCAGUUGCCCCUGUUUCCCUGGAUGUAGCCUCUGCCCAUCCAGACCUCAUCCUUUCUCAGGACCUAAAGACAGUCCGUCGGGGUGAUUCGGCGAAGAACUUAGACCCCCAACACUUAUGCCCUUUGCCCUUCGUGCUGGGCUCCCCUGGCAUCUCCUCUGGCCACAGGAUCUGGGAGACAGAGCUUAGGGGGUCCAGGGAAGGAAGGGUAGGAGGGCGUGGCCUCAGAGAAGGCUGUCAGAAGUCUUUAUCUGAAGGGUGGGUCUUCCCCUUUUUUCAGCUCCUUGCUCCAAAUACUCAGAUCACCCUGAGCUGA